UCCACGACAACUGGCGCAUCCGGCAGUCGUCCGCAAAGCUGCUGGGCAAGCUGCUGUUCAAGAUCGCUGGCGCCAGCGGCAAUGUGGUUCUGGAGGGCCACGAGGACGAGGAGGGUGUUGCGGAGGAGUCGUACGGCGAGGCCAUCAUCGCCGCCCUGGGCAUGGAGCGCCGUAACGAGGUCCUCGCACGGCUGUACAUCAUUCGUACGGACGUGCAGUACACUGUACGGCAGGAGGCGCUGCAUGUAUGGAAGACGGUGGUGGUCAACACGCCCAAGACGCUGGGUCAGAUCCUGCCAAACCUCAUGCAGCUGGUGAUUGAGAGCCUGGCGGAUGAGGGCGAGGACCGGCGGCAGGCGGCGGCGCGGUGCCUGGGAGAACUGGUACGGAAGAUGGGCGAGCGGGUGCUGGCACGUAUCGUCCCCAUCCUGCGGGAGGGGAUAAGCUCGGAGAGCGCAGCUACCAGGCAGGGCGUGUGCCUGGGCCUGAAGGAGGUACUGGACAACAUGGGACGUCACCAGCUGCAAGAGCACCUUGCGGAGGUGCUCCCCACGGUGCAAACCGCGCUAACAGAUGCGGAUGGGGGUGUGCGUGAGGCCGCGGGUGCUGCCUUCGGCAUCCUGUUCAAGGGCUCCGGCGGCGGGGGUUCCGCGGUGGAUGGUGUCGUUCCCUCCAUGCUGGCAGGCCUGGAGCACGACCGGCGCUAUCGGGAGAGCCUGGAGGGUCUGCGGGUUAUCCUGCAGGUCCGACCGCAGAUCUUCCACUUCGUGUGCCCCAAGCUGCUGCACAAGCCGCUGCAGCUGAACAACGUACGUGCAUUGGGCGAGCUAGCGGCCGCUGCGGACGUGCACCUGAAUAAUCACUUGGAUGCCAUCAUGCCGGCGCUGCUGGCGGCGGCGUCCGGGUCGCGGCCGGUGGUGGCGGCGGAUGGACAUGACCUUGCGGAGGUGGCGGCGGCGGGUCGCGAGGCGGCGGCGGAGGCGGCGGUGGCGGUGGCGGCGGCGGUGGACGAGGAG